CCUGAACCUCCACAUCAUACACAUUCAACAUCAAAUUCUUCGAAACGACCACGUACAAGUACAACUAGUGCAAAACAAACUACUACAGCACCUAAAAAACUUUUUUCAUAUACACGUUAUGAUUGGAAUUUUCUUUCAACAUUAUCACCAACAGUUCUUAAUUGGUUCUGUGUUAUUAAUCGUAUACAAAAGCCAAUAGAAAACUUUCUUCAUAAACGUGAAAAACGUCCUGAUACUAUUCUAAGUUAUUUUCUUAUUGAAACAAAACCUGUCUCAACUUUACCACAAAGUAUACGUGUAUCAUGUCGUGAAUGGGCUCAAACAAUUAAACAACAACCACAUAAAAUUAUUGUUCAACCACCUUCAUCAUCAACAACAACAUCACCUAUUAAUAGUAUAUUACCAACAACUAGUAAUGAUCAAGAACAGCCACCAGCUGUUGUACGAGCACCAACAAUGGUUGACCGUGUUCAACGUUUAAUUGGACAUGAAUUUGUUACAGCACAUCCACGUCGUCCAACACAUAUACCAACUAAACAACAUGAUGGAUAUGAUAGUUCAAUAACAAAUGGUUCAGCUAUUCGAAGACGUACAACAGUACAAAAUACACGAUCAAAUAUAAACAAUAAAGACACAACGAUCGAAAUGAAUAAUGAUAACAAUGAUUUAUCUGGAGGUGAUGGUCGACGUGCAUCAAGUUUUCUAGCUGAUGCUAUACGACGUUUUGAACCAGCAGUUAAUGUAAACAAUACAAAUGGUUACAAACGUUUAAGUGUUGGUCAUGAUGAAUCAGAUUUUGAAGGUAAUACAAGUGGUAUACGAUUAAAUGAUAGUAAUCAUGAUAAUGAAACAACUUAUUAUACGGAUAUUACACGUGAAUAUGCUGGUUCAGUUGAACAAUUAUUUAAAAUUUUACUUGAAUAUGCUGGUGUUGAAAUAUCUGUUUCAUCAUCAAUUGAACCAUUAUUUGAAAAAUUAGGUCAAACAGUUCUUGCAUCAGCACAAAUUAAAAGAUUUGAUGUAAAAAUUUUACCAAAUGAACCAACAAAUGAAUCUCAAUCAUUAAUCAAUCAUCCUCCACAAUCACCACCAUCCGUAGUUCAAUUUCGUUUACCACAUAUUCGUCAAUCAAUACUAAAUACAUCAAAUGAAUUAGCAAUACUUUCCGUAACUAAUUUAAGUAUUCAAAGUGUUUGUCGACAAUCACUUGAAUAUGAUCAAUUACAUUCUGCUAAUGUACAAGCUG